UUUUCGGAAUUCACCAAAUCGCGAUUUUGUCAUUUCACCCCAAGAUAUGCCAUUUUCUGUGUUAUGUAAAUAAAGGAUUAUCCGAAGAUGAUGCUCCGUCCAGGGACGUUCAUAGACCUUCAGUGGUACCGGAGUACUGAAGCCAGAGAUAUCAUCUCCUGCAUCAGUCAUAGAAACUUGCAGAAGCGAAAGGUUUUUGGUCUUCUAGAGAAGCCAAGUGUGCCACUGGCAAGCAGUCUUGAGGAGUAUAAAUACAAGAUUCUAAUCUAUGGGAAGACUGGUGUCGGCAAGACGAGCACUGUUGCCAAACUAUCUGGAAAUGACAUUCCAAGUUCUCACUGCGAAACACCAGGAAUACAAGUGACGGAGAUCUACUGGCCGGCAAAAGUUGUCGAAUACAACAAGGUUGUCAUGUUCGAACUAGAAAUAUGGGACGCUGGUGAAAAUUCUAUGAAGAAAUUUGACCAUAUUUUACCUGCAUUGAAAGAGAAAGCUGAUGGCAUUCUCUUCCUCUUCUCCUGCACAGACAAGUCCAGCUUCCAAGAUCUACCACAGUAUAUGUCCAAGAUACAGGAUUCGGAUGAUAACCUUUGUAAAUUGGUGCUCGGUACUAAAUUUGACCUCCACGCUCAAAGUGAAAUUACGCUGCGUGAUAUUCGGGAAUUCGAAUCUCUGUACCAUUUGCCUAUCCUACGGAUAAAGAACAUUCCACUCUACCAUCCCAGUGAGAGUCGAUCAGAAAUAUCUGAAGUUGCGCCAAUUCUGAAUAUGAUUUGUGAAUGUUUGUGGCAAAGAGACUUAAUGUUGGCUGGAAAACUAACAAACUUUCAGGAAGAUGGCCAACAAAUGUCUUAUGUCUGAGGACAGCGUCUUUUCAUUAUAGUCGUAGUUCCACCUAUCAUAAAACCCCGUGUUUUUUCAAGACCCGUGUCUUCGCCGUGUGUCAAAAAACCCGGGGCGCACUUACACCUAUCAGUUGUGUUAGAUAAUGGUUAAUAGCCCCGGCGACAGGUGCGCUGUAGGUAGGGAGCUCUCCUGUGUUUCUUUUCCGUUGGAGGGGCGCAAUACCGAGGCAACUACACCGCGCCAUCUGUCGCCGGAUCUUAGAACUUGCUAUUGCCGUGUCUAUUCAGAUUCCACCUAUCAAAAAACCCGUGUUGAACACGGGUCUAAAUUAGCCCCCGAUUAGCCCCAUCGAGCUCGAUGGGGCUAAUAGACACGGGGAUUUGACACACGGGUCUAUUGAGACACGGCAAUUCAUAGGUGUAAGCGCAAAAGACACGGGGAUUUGAAAGGUGGAAGUACGACUUAUGGUACCGUCCUAAUUAUUAAUAGUGAGUUAAUUUAUUCUGUUUUGUUUGCAUCGGUUAGAUGCAUAUGUAUAGUUAGCGACCAGAUAAGGAUCAGAACUGUUGCAUUGUACCAAGGCAAUGUGGAGGAGGAAGGCAUCAGAGACAACUACCCGCGAUGCCUUUGAUAAUUUCAAGCCCCGGUUCCUGGUAACUUCAUGUACAGUGGACCUUCUCUAUUAGGGACACCCUCGGAACUCACAAGUGCUGUCCUGAAUAGAGAGGUGUCCUGAUUAGAGAGGUCAAAUUGAAUGGAAACAAUCACUUUUGGACCAAAACUGUCCUGAUUAGAGAGGUCAGAUUGAAUGGAAACAAUCACUUUUGGACCAAAACUAGUGUCCUUAAUAGAGAGGGUGUAUGUAAUAGAAAGGGUGUCCUUAAUAGAGAGGUGUCCUUAAUAGAGAGGUGUCCUUAAUUGAGAGCUGUCCUUAAUAGAGAGCUGUCCUUAAUAGAGAGGUGUCCUUAACAGAGAGGUCUCCACUAAGGGAGGUUCCACUGUACUUCCUUUUAUGCACAUUGAAUCUUACGAAAUGCUGAAGGGUUGACCACAGGCACCUCCAGUCCAUUUUGGCUAGAACUUGAAAUCCUAAAGCAAUAUGAAAGUCCUUCAAAACAAAGUGAGAGCCAAUUUCAAGGGUGGGCAUCUGUUCUUUGGAAAACAAAAAACUUACACCCACCCUUCGAAUUGGCACUUACUUCAUUUUAAAAGAGUUCCAAUAGCUUCAGGAUUUCAAGUAGGCCUACUUGCAAAAAUGGUGGCUGGUGCCUAUGGCCAACCAUGGAGGUAUCCUUGGGUCAACCCUUGCAGAUUCUGGACGAAUUGUUUAUACUUUUUGGCUCACCGUAGGGGAGUCUAUACAAUACCGCAGUGUCCGUCGUCCGUCGUCGUCCGUCGUCGUCGUCGUCGUCGUCGUCGUCGUCGUCGUCGUCGUCCGUCGUAUCCUAGUUCAAAAACAGUGGCACGUUUCUUAACCGCUAGGCCUAUGAACUUAAAACUUUGUACACAUGACCCCCUAGGUCAGAUGACCCGUGACACUAAAUUUCUGUCCGAUCUGAUUCUCUACUUGGCCACCAGGGGGCCAAAUGUGGAUAUCUAAAAAGUGUGAUAUCUCGCUUAUUAGUGACUUGUUUUCGAUGAAACUUUUGUUGUAGGUACUCAUAGCAAAUAUACAUCUUAUAUCAUACGGGUUUUUAAUUUGACCUACUUUUCAAGGUCACAGAGGUCAUAUGGCGUAAAUUGGCCGUUAGAGUGUAAACUAUGGCACGUUUCUUAACCACUAAAGCUAUGAACUUGAAACUUGGUACAUAUAACCCCCUAUAUCACAUAGCCUCUGGUGCUGAAUUUCAGUUUGAUCUGAUUCUCAACUUUGCCACCAGGGGGCCAAAAGUGGAAAUCUAAAAAGUGUGAUAUCUCGCUUAUUAGUGACUUGUUUUCGAUAAAAUUUUUAUGGUAGGUACCCUUAGGAAGGAUACAUUACAUAUCUUACGGGUUUUCAAUUUGACCUACUUUUCAAGGUCACAGAGGUCAUAUGGCGUAAAUUGGCCGUUAGAGUGUAAACUAUGGCACGUUUCUUAACCACUAAAGCUAUGAACUUGAAACUUGGUACAUAUAACCCCCUAUAUCACAUAGCCUCUGGUGCUGAAUUUCAGUUUGAUCUGAUUCUCAACUUUGCCACCAGGGGGCCAUAAGUGGAAAUCUAAAAAGUGUGAUAUCUCGCUUAUUAGUGUCUUGUUUUCGAUAAAAUUUUUAUGGUAGGUACCCUUAGGAAGAAUACAUCACAUAUCUUACGGGUUUUCAAUUUGACCUACUUUUCAAGGUCACAGAGGUCAUAUGGCGUAAAUUGGCCGUUAGAGUGUAAACUAUGGCACGUUUCUUAACCAGUAAAGCUAUGAACUUGAAACUUGGUGCAUAUAACCCCCUACAUCAGAUAACCUCUGAUGCCAAAUUUUGGCUCGAUCUGAUUCUUUAUUCGGCCACCAGGGGGCCAUAAUGGAAAAAGUAAGAAGUGCAAUAUCUUGCUUAUUUUUAGUGAUUCGUUUUCAAUAACAUUUUUAUGGUAGGUUCUCCUAGCAAGGAUACAUCACAUAUCAUAUGAGUUUUUGAUCUGACCUGCUUUUCAAGGUCACAGAGGUCAAAUGGCGUAAAUUUGUCGUUUGAUUGUAACUAUGGCACGUUUCUUAACCACUAAAGCUUUGAACUUGAAAUUUGAUACACAUGACUCCCUACGUCAUGUAACCUCGGACACCGAAUUUCGAUCUGAUCUGGUACUCAACUCGGCCACCAGGAGGCCAAAACUAAAAUAGGUAAAAAGUGCAAUAUCUCGUUUAUUAUUGACUUGUUUUUGAUGAUAUUCUUAUGGUACUUACUCCAAGCAACGAUACAUCACAUGUCAUACCGACUUUGGUUUGACCUAUAUACUAUACAUGUACAAUGUUUCUUAAUCUGGAUGAAUUACAAAGCACCAAAUAUCUAUACGGUGAGCACAAUGGCCCCUGGCCGUUUCAUUGUA